GAAACUAUUCAGACUAAUAAUCAUAAUUCGUAUGUAAUCCGUGAAAUUGCGAUGUUUUGUUAUCCAUAAAGAUGUUUGUAUAAAAUUUGUUUUGAGAUGCCUUUGUUUGUUGGUGAACGAGCUGUUUCGAGUUCUAUAAACUCGUCGGCUGAAUUGAUGCAAGACUUUCCGGAAUUAGAAAAAACAUCUUGUGAAUUUGCAUCCAAGGAACAGAGGACAUUCGGAAAUGAAACCAUUCUUUAUAUUGGACAACGUGAAUAUGGAACAGUUUAUCCAAAUGACAAUUCUGUUGACAUUAUUGGGUCAGACAGUGCUACAACAUGCCAGAUAGUUGUUUUAAGACAUAAAGGUUCAGGCGUAUGCAGCUUGGCACAUUUUGAUGGAGUUGGGAUCUCAGAAGCUUUAGCAGAGAUGGUUGCAUCCCUUCAAGAUCACGUCCCAAAGCACAAAGAAAAUAGAAUUGAGAUGCAUAUUGUUGGCGGAUUCUCAGACAGUCGUAAAACUUCAGAAGAUGUUUUUAUGAAAAUUUUACGUGGAGCAUGUCAAACUGCAUUUGAAAUUGAUCUGCUUUGUGCUUGCGUGUGUAGUAGGUUGUGUCAAAGCCUUAAACAUUGCAUUCUGUUGUGCUCUGCAUGGGAUUCUGUCUAUUUACCUAACUAG